UUAUUUUAUAAGAAUGAGCGAGGAUCAAAAAAUUAUUGAAUAUGAGGGGAUUAAAUAUUAUUUGGAGGACGGUCAAUGGUAUCAAAUGACUCCACUUGAAAACGACAAGUUGUCUGCUGACAUCAAAACUAAAAAGGGUAUACAAAUAAACCUUCCAUCAGAAAAUUUAUUGGAUGUAUUCAAAUUUCUCGACUUUGAUCAAUUAUUGUCUUUCCAACAAACAAGUUUUUAUUUCAAAAAUAUUGUUGAUAAAUAUGGAAAGGAAUUGGCUAGGAAGAAAUUUGCAAGGCUUGAAUUUGUAUUUUUGAUUUUUUAA